GCCAACUAUCGAUUAUUCGAUAAUUUAUUCAUAAGAAAGCUAUGGCAGGUGCCCCUAUGCCGGCCACGCAGUUUGAAAACACCGCAGCAGUGCACAUCGAACCCUCCACCCCAUGAACGAAACUGAAGACGAUUUGACGGAGAAGCGACUCAAAGUCGUGCUGGUUGGAGACUCCGGUGCUGGAAAGACUAGCAUUGUAGUGAAAUUCUGCCACGAUGAGUUCACGAGGCAGUACACACCGACAGCUGGGGUGGAUUUUUUCAUGAAAAAUUUGAGCCUGGGACCAUUUAAAAAUGUUACUCUGCAUUUCUGGGAUGUGGGGGGACUUGCGCUGAGGGGAGCUAUGUUGGACAAGUACUUAUACGCCGCUGACUUAAUUAUGUUCGUCUACGACGUGACCAACACCUCAAGCUUCGACGUGAUGGAAGCGUGGAUGACGGCAGUAGUCGCAAUAACCGAGAGAAGUUUUCGAAAAAGUCCACUGAUGGUGAUCGUAGGCAACAAAUGUGACAUGGAGCACCAGAGGACAGUGAAACGCGACAAAUCCCAUCGUUACGCUGCGGAGAAGGGAAUAAUCUACCACGACAUGUCAGCGAGAACUGGAGAAUCGGUCUCACUGUCAAUCGCUAAUCUCUCUGCCAAAGUUCUUGGCGUCCAAUUGACCAGAAUGGAUCAAGAAUCCCACAAGCCAAUAGUGACAGCUGAGAUUGGAGAUACCGUUGAUGUUGCGACAAUUCGAAAAGUGAUAAAACGACAGCCGCACAGGAAAUCAUGUCAGAACAAUAAUUAUCCGACCCUUCCACUAUCAAAAUCAGCUGUCUGCUCAUUGCAGUGAGACGAAUGAUGGAAAAAUAUUUUUUAGAUGAUUUUUAAUCAGCAGAAAACUGUUCAAUACUGAUCAGGGGAAAUUGGAGAUCUAAAAUUCACUUCGAAAUUCAGUUUUUUGAGAAUAUCUCUGAGGAUAAAGGAGAUUGAAUUUUUAUAAGAAAUUAAAAAAGUUGAAAAGUUAAAUAUUAAGAAUUAUUCACAACGUUGAGGGGCUUACGCCCUUGGUGCCUUGAAUUUUAUACAAAACGCAUUAAAAUUAUUCAAAA